UUGUGUCGUCCUCUCUGAAUCAUGAGUUCUGUGCUCUUGAGUCUCUGGCUACAUAGUGCACUCCUCUUUUUUCUUGAAAUUUCAAGUUCGGCAAUGGAUGUCUCUCUUACACGAAGCCCAUUUCAGACAACUUAAACAAGCAAGAACCCACUUCACAAAUUCUGAGUUUUGGAUUUUAUAGCUGCUAAAAAAUUGGUCUGAGUUGAUUAUAUCUUGAGUCGUUUUCUACCAAAUUUGAUCAUGGGUUCUGUGACUGUUUUGGUUCUACCUAAAGCUUUUAUCAGAGCUUCUUACCUUUCAUGUUAGUCGUUUGUUCUUGAGCAACAAGUGCUACUUGAAUUUUGAUUUUCUCAGGGAGGGAGGAACAUAGGAUUUAGAUUUUCCCUUUGCUUUGUUUGUUCUUGGAUUGUUUAUAUAGAAUCGGACUGCAUUGGAGCUAGGGUGUUGUUGUUAGUGAUGGGGCAACAAUUGUUUGAUAUGAGAACUUUAUCUGCGCCGAAGAUAGUGCGCUUGGAAGGUAGGGCUUUCUCAAAUCUGUUUCCAGGGCAUCUGGGUGGUGUUAAAAUCACACGACAGUUCUGUUCUUGCAGAGGUAUUUUUCUGAAGGCUUCUUAUUCAACUACAAGAACUUCAAGCCAAGCUAUCAAUUCAGUUAGGCAAGAUAAACUUGCAGUGGUAAAUGGUUCAUCUCAGAUCUUAGGAGCAAUUGAGGCAAGCUCAAUUCUUUUUUCUAGAGAAACAAGUGUACUUGAUGCCUUCGAAGAUGAAUAUGAGGGAAUUGUUGUCAAUUCAGAAAGAUUACCUUCUAAUCCACAUACCUUCGCUUCUAUCUUGCAGUCUUCUCUUUCUCGUUGGAAACGAGAGGGAAAGAAGGGAGUUUGGCUCAAGAUACCUCUGGAACAAUCUGAGCUUGUUCCUAUUGCAGUGAAGCAAGGUUUCCAGUACCAUCAUGCAGAGCGAGAAUACAUAAUGUUGACAUACUGGAUUCCUGAAGGACCUGAUCUGCUUCCUGCUAAUGCUUCGCAUCAAGUGGGAGUUGGGGGAUUUGCUAUAAAUGACAAAAAUGAGGUCCUUGUUGUUCAAGAGAAGCAUUGUGCCCCAGCAUAUGUUGGCUCUUGGAAAUUACCGACAGGUUUCAUUCUUGAGUCAGAGGAGAUUUUUACUGGAGUUGUAAGAGAAGUCAAGGAGGAAACUGGUAUUGAUGCAGAAUUUCUGGAAGUGAUUGCUUUUAGACAUGCACACAAUGUGGCUUUCAGAAAGUCGGAUUUGUUCUUCAUAUGCAUGCUAAGACCAUUGUCAACUGAGAUCAAAGUAGAUGAUCUUGAAAUUCAAGCUGCCAAGUGGAUGCCAUUGACUGAAUUUCUCGAACAACCAGUCAUCCGAGAGGACAAUAUGUUCAAGAAAAUGAUUGAUAUCUGCAUUGCACGACUGGGGAAACAUUAUUGUGGAUUAGCUGCCCACCAAGUGGUCUCAAAAUUUGAUGGAAAGUCAUCCUCCCUGUAUUAUAAUGUUGUUGAGGCUACAGAUUUCAACUGUCUUGGUGGUUAAAGGCUUGAAACAAUACAGCCACUCUCUAUACUCACCUGGGCCAUUGUGAUAUGUAUUUUUAUCUCUUUCUGAGUUUUAAGUCAUCCAUGAACUUAUAACCAACACAUUAAGAAGUUGGACCCGGCUGCAAGAAUGUGGAAUGCACAGACUAAUACCAUUUAUUCAGGUAUUACAGAUGAUGUAUCAUGUAUACUGUGCACACGACUCUUUCACUGUACAUAUAUCUUAGUCCUCUCAAUGUAUUUCACAGUGUAUGAUUGAAGGAAAACAAAACAGAAUUGAGAUCUAUAUUUCAUUUCUUGUAAUCAAACUUGGAGAUCUUCCUCCCAUUAAUCUUCA